AAUCUGAGUCUAUCACACAAACAAAUCCACUGCUUUGUGCUUGAAGAUAGUCUAGUCAACGCUUUCUUUCCGAAGACCUCGACAGACGCUGGACCAAAUUUGAAGAAAUUAAGGAAUUAUGGAUCCGAUAGUGGAAGCUUUCGCUUUCUUCCUUGGAUUUUUGGGAUGGCUCAUGGUUGGGAUCGCUCUUCCGAAUCGAUACUGGAAAGUGUCCACUGUGGACGGUAAUGUGAUCACCACGUCUACCAUCUAUGAGAAUCUCUGGAUGUCCUGCGCUACUGACUCAACGGGAGUUCACAACUGUCGCGAUUUUCCAUCUUUGCUCGCAUUAAGCGGGUACCUCCAAGCCUCUCGAGCGCUGAUGAUUGCUGCCAUCGUGUUUGGGACAUUUGGGCUGGUGGGAACCCUUGUGGGGAUGCAGUGCUCCAAAAUAGGAGGAGAAAACUAUGUUCUGAAGGGCAAGAUUGCUGCAGUUGGAGGAGUGUUCUUUUUACUACAAGGCCUCUGCACUAUGAUUGCUGUGUCUUGGUAUGCAGCCAACAUCACCCAGCAGUUCUUUGACGAGUUUUACCCAGGAACAAAGUAUGAAAUUGGCGAGGGCUUGUACAUCGGCUGGUCCUCAGCGACACUCGCCCUUUGCGGAGGUGCCUGUCUCAUGUGUGCGUGUAGGUUUAAAGAACCUGGUGAGAAAAUGCCUUAUCCAUACCAGCCGUCGUCCAGAGGUCGUCUGCUGUCCACUGUGGCGGCCCAAUCAACCCACAGCAACUAUGGAAGGAAUGCAUACGUGUGACAUACUCCUGGGAAGAAUGGAAUUGAACAAAGUAAAUGGAAUUGUGAUGGUGCAAAGCGAUUUCAAACACACUUGUGAUCAUGCCUGAUCUGAACCUUUUUUUGUGUUUUUCAACUACACAUAAAGUCCAUAUGAUUAUCCUUCCCACAUUUCAAUCAAAGCAUAACAGCAGAGCAGUGAACAUACUCUAACAGUGUUUUGAUAGAAAUGCCAACCUGAUCAAUGCAUCACAGUAUGAAUAAUCUGCAUCAGAAACAUUAUUGGAUGUAAAUAUCUGCAAUCAGAGCAUGCGAUUUUUCAACAUAUGAAAAUAUUGUUUCAUUGUGUGAGCUCCAAUUCACCUUAUUGGUGAAGAUAC